GCUGAAUGUCAUCUUUAGGCGUUACUCAUUUCACUUUCGUUUUCGCUUUUUACAGCAUGGAUUCACUGCCGGGUCGAGCACCGAACGAGAAACGAUAAUUUUAAAAAUCGAAAUAUUCGCGGAUUCAUUUAUUAUAUACAGUGCCGUCUAAACACAAGACGACGAGGAUGACACGGACACGGAAUGCAGCACCAAUUCUUCUAGCGUUAAGUGUCGUGGCAGGCAUUUCGGGUGAAUCUAUUCUCGGUUUAAUAAAUGAGACUGUGACGUUUCAACUGAAAGUUGAUGAAAUUCCUAAAGGGAUCACCUGGAAAUUUAACGAAGACAAAGUAUGUGAAAUAGACUCUACCGGUGAUGUUUGCUUUUCUUACUAUAAAGGUCGAGCCAACAUAAACAAAACUAAUGGAUUUCUUACAAUUUCAAACUUAGUAAAUAGUGAUGCAGGAAAAUAUACUGCAGAAAUACAUCAACCUACUGUAAAAGAAUUCAUAUUCCAGCUGGAAGUACUUGGAAAGGUUACAAGACCGAAGAUAACCUGCAAUGGAAGUGUAUACCAGGCAACUUUAUCCUGUGAGACAAGUGGUGAUAGCUAUACCACACUGAAGUGGGACCAAGAUGGACAAAGUGUACCAGCCAGUAAUGGUCCAAUUACUUUGACUAUUGAAAAAAGGAGGGGUUCUCAUUACACUUGCAUUUCAAACAACACUGUAAGCGAAGCAAGAAAUAUUUUUGCUCCUGAUGAAUGUUUUUUAAAAGAUGACCGUUCACGUAUAGGUCUAUUUCUUGCUGUGAUUUUCAUGAUUCUGAUUCCUGCAACUGCAUAUGGUGUCUUCAAAGCAUUUUCCAAAAAGAGAAAUGAACAAACACCUGAAGCUGAGAAACUGAUGAAAGAUAGCAAGGAACCACAUAGUGAAGAACCAGGACCUCCGAUGACAAAUUGCCCAUCAGACCUCUCCAGCAACCAUGGAAUUAUGAGUGAGAUGGCGUUUGAAGAACCUGCUAGAUCAUUUCACAACAAUGAACCAAAAGAUGUAGGUGAAAGGAAAUCAAAACUUACUCAAGACAACAAUUUAGAUAAGGAGACAGCACCAGAGGAUCCCUCUUACGUAACUGCAGGUAACGAGACAACACGAGAGAAGCCCUCUAGCACAACUGCAGAUAAGGAGGCAGCACCAGAGGAACAAUCUAACAUAACUGCAGAUGAGAAGAAAGAUCCAGGGAAUCCCUUUGACACGACUGAAGGAAACGAGACACCACAAGAGAAGCCCUCUAGCACAACUGCAGAUAAGGAGGCAGCACCAGAGGAACAAUCUAACAUAACUGCAGAUGAGAAGAAAGAUCCAGGGAAUCCCUUUGACACGACUGAAGGAAACGAGACACCACAAGAGAAGCCCUCUAGCACAACUGCAGAUAAGGAGGCAGCACCAGAGGAACAAUCUAACAUAACUGCAGAUGAGAAGAAAGAUCCAGGGAAUCCCUUUGACACGACUGAAGGAAACGAGACACCACAAGAGAAGCCCUCUAGCACAACUGCAGAUAAGGAGGCAGCACCAGAGGAACAAUCUAACAUAACUGCAGAUGAGAAGAAAGAUCCAGGGAAUCCCUUUGACACGACUGAAGGAAACGAGACACCACAAGAGAAGCCCUCUAGCACAACUGCAGAUAAGGAGGCAGCACCAGAGGAACAAUCUAACAUAACUGCAGAUAAGGAGGCAGCACCAGAGGAACAAUCUAACAUAACUGAAGAUGAGAAGAAAGAUCCAGGGAAUCCCUUUGACACGACUGCAGGAAACGAGACACCACAAGAGAAGCCCUCUAGCACAACUGCAGAUAAGGAGGCAGCACCAGAGGAACAAUCUAACAUAACUGCAGAUGAGAAGAAAGAUCCAGGGAAUCCCUUUGACACGACUGAAGGUAAAGAGACACCACGAGAGAAGCCCUCUAGCACAACUGCAGAUAAGGAGGCAGCACCAGAGGAACAAUCUAACAUAACUGCAGAUGAGAAGAAAGAUCCAGGGAAUCCCUUUGACACGACUGAAGGAAACGAGACACCACAAGAGAAGCCCUCUAGCACAACUGCAGAUUGAGAACAAAGAUCCAGGGAAUCCCUUUAACACGACUGAAGAAAGUGAAGAAUUGGACUAACUGAACUGAAUGAUGUAAGGACUGCGAAGUGUAGUCAAAGGUCAACCAUGGAUUUUCACCAUGAAAAUUACGGAUCUACAGAAGGCCAAAUGGAGACUGUUUUUAACCCGGACUUCUUGGCACUGGUUAAAAAUCUGAAAUCUACUGUAGAAAUGAACAGCUGAUCAUGUGUUAGUUAUUUGCCAAUCACAACAUGAAGAGAACUCUUCAUUGAGGAUCUUAAACAAAAGAAGUUACCUUUAAGGUUUCAUUAAUCAACAUUUGUUUGUUACAGAAUUUAGUGGUUUUGUAACAACAACAAAAAAAGUUUUUUUCAUCAAGUAUAUUAGUUGUUAUUAAAACAAGCUGUGCAUGCAAUUUUUUUAUUAUUUAUGUACUAAUCGAUUUCUUUUUUAUCCCUUCUCUGAAUAUAUUCAUGGGUGAGGUUAAGAUCACGGUGCUGCUGUCAGACCUAUUUACUUUAAACAUUGAAAAUGUACAUACUUUUAAAUAACUAAUACAAAACACAUUUAUUGCUUGAUUGUUCUUGUACAAUAUACACCUAAAGAACAUAGUUGUGUUUUUCCAAAUAAAUUUUGUUAUUUAAAUUGAUUUUAGAGAAAUUAUUUACUUUAAUAUCAUAAUUUAUUUGUGAUAUUUUGGAUUCAAACAUCAACAAAGGACAAUGCUGGUUAGUGAUAUAAAGAUGUAAGGAAUUAGCAGGUAUGAUGUAGUUCAUACUUUUCAUUUCUUGAAUUUAUUGUAUUGUUUUUAAAAUUUAGAGAGAUCACAUUCUAUCAGUGAUAUUUCACAUUUUGGACAUUUAGAAAAGGGAUCUAUCCAUGUUUGUUAAUUUCUUUUUUCCAUUUCAGUAUUGUAUAUUUAUUCAAUUGGGGAUAGGAAAAACGUGGAACUAUUAAAACAUCAAUGUCUGAAAUUUGCAUUUUUAAAUUUUUCUUACUAAUAAGAGACACCUUUAUUACAUAUGAUUCUGUGGUGAAUAAUCAAGGUGCUUCACAGUAUUGCAAGAGGCUUCAAGAGCAUUUGAGCGACACUGACAUUUGUGAAUUCCUCUGUCCUACCAAAUGCAGUUUGCAUGAGAGAGCUCUUGAGUCAUGUUUGUGUCAGUUACUGGUAUGCCCAAUGUUUAAUACAGGUCAGAAAGUGACAAAUCUAAGUAAAGCUUAAUUGUUCAACACGUGUAAAAUGACAUAAUCAAAGGGAAAGUGGAGAAGAGCAUACUUUGUGUGGAAGGAGGUUUGUGAUUCACCGUACUUAGUGUUGCUUUGUCAGAGUUUUUAUGAUCAGUGUUAAUUAUUUUAUUUUUGUCUGACUGGUAUUAUUUUGAUUACAUAAUAUUCUACAACCUGAUUAAUCAUUCUCAGGGUAGCGAAGAACUAGAGUAAAUCCCAGCAACACUAAACUCAAGGCAGGGACUAAGCGUAAACAGGACAUCUGUCCAUCACAGGUCUCAUUCGCAUACACCUAACAUAUUCAUUUAUGGAAUGUAAGUGGAAAACCAACCAAAGAAUACCAAUGUCAGUACAUGGAAAAUGUGUCCAGAACAGAUAAUGACAAUGUGCAGAAUCAAGAACAAAACAUUUAUCCUCUUAUGGAAAACUUUUAAUUUGCAUUUUUAUGAAAAUAACUCUUUCAGUUCUUAAAGUUUUAGUACCACCUUGAUAUUGCUUAAUUUUCCACCACACUUUUGUCCAUCUAUUAUUUGUUGUGGCCCUGUGUGUUUGUUAUAUUUGCUAGUUUGGCCGAACCAAGUCUUAUUCCCUCUUAGUCUGUGUUCUCAGUUGCUCUUUAAGCAAAGCUUUCUUCUAAAUCAUACUAGUAAUGUCAGUUGAGUUUGUGUGCAUGUGGCGGAAUGAAUUAAGAGGGUUAUUUUAAUGUUAUCAUUAAUCAAACUUCUUCAGUAAGUGUUCUGUGAAAUAUAAUGUGAUUUAUUACCUUAAGAUUUCACAUGUAAAUAAAGAUUCUUUUCUUUAUUUUUUCAUUUUUUGUUUCUUUUUUAUUUUUUCUGUGUGUACAUUGUAGAUCCUAAUGUAUUUGAAUAUGCAGUUUAUUUGUAAUUUUGUACAUGUUACAUUCAUUUUAAAUAGAUUACUGCUUUAAAUAUUCUUCCACUGUGGGGUUUUCUGUCAGUGUUGCUGUGAGAGUCUGGUUAUAUUUUUUAAUUUAUUUUGAUAAAAAUAUUUGUAUAAAAACAAAUUUAUAUAAAUUUUUUUAAAGUUAUUUUUAAAUAUCUGUGCCACUCAUGUAAAAAAUCAUUUUUUAUUCAGACUUACUGUGCAAUAUGGUGUAGAUUCAUCUGGCAUAAAGUAACACAUGAGAAAUCCUUGUAGGAAAGGACUGCCUUUCUUGAUAGUUUUUUAUAAAAUUUUAACAUAUUGAAAAACUUUUAAUUUAUUUGUACGUACUGUUUAUUAUAUGUUUGCAUUGUAAAACAUUCCUAACCAUUUUAAAAAACAAAAAGAGAUUUAAAAUUAUUUUUGGUGCAUCCAGCUGAACAUAGCAAUUUAGUCAUAACAAAUGCAUGACUUGCAUUUUCUAAUAUGCAUGACUGUCAAAAUGUAUUAAUAAAUUUAAUAUUAUUUUAAGUUAAGUUUAUGCCUAAGUUGAGACAUUCAUUAUCGCAUUUACAAAGUGGCCUUUUAUUUAAAAAAAACAAAACAACUCUGAAAUAUUUUUGCACUGAUUAUCCAGCUGCCUCACAGUUCCACAGACCUACUGUAGUUUCAUGUUCUGGACCAGGUCACUGUAUGUGUGCUUUACAUGCUCUCCCUUUGUCUCUGUAGGAUUCCAGUUUUCUCCUGGGUAAAUCCGUUCCUCUAAAAUGGCUUGUAAUGGAAGGCUUGGGGCCCUUUUGACCCAUACAUGAAUUAUGUUCUUCAAUGGGUAAAAUAAUAAUGUUAAACCAUUUAUCUUUCAUUCUUGAAUAGCUUUCAUGACUUUAUUGUAAUGCUGUAUUUCCUUCAACACUGUAUGAUAUUUGUGACAGUUGUUCUUAAUAAAAUGAUUAAUGUGUAUA